AUGGGGAAAGCUAGUGCCACGGGGACUGGCAAGGGGAAGGCCUCUGAUGUCUCGUCCGCUUUAGGUGACAGUGAUCAUUUCAGAGUCACAGACUCGACUUGCGCCACUUUAUCCACUCCGUCCACCCCCCAACAUAUGUCGCCGAGUUAUGCAGCGAGAUCAGUUUCCAGCAAGCCCCAAGGAAGCUCCAAAUCUUUCGAAUUUGUUUUGGUUACAGACACAGAGUCCAGAAAGCAGGUUCGGCGUCAUGCGAUGCGACAAUAUAUGCGCCAGCGGCGCCUUGACGGCAUUGCACGACUUGAAUCAAGCCGCGCCCAGGUUAGAAGUUGGAACACAAAUAGUAACUCCGCCAGGGGAACACCUCUCUCAACGCAGUCAUCGAGAAUUGAACCGCUAGAUGACAAUGAGAAGCCAGUUGAUACUAAAGAUACUUCGAGCGAUGCUCGCCAUUUCCUCAAACACCUAGCGGGUGCGGCGGGCCAGAAUGAGUCGGUUCAAUCACUCACCCACAAAAUGCGAGCUUUGAGGCUAUUAAACGAGCGCCUUCAGCACGACGUAUGUGGGAAGCAUGAUGGUACAAUUUACGCGGCUGCAACUAUGGCCGUGAUCGAAAAAUGGUCCAAGGACCUAACUGUUGAACGCAUGCAUAAUCAAGGAAUCAGGCAAAUAGUGCGACGACGAGGUGGUAUGAGUGGUGUCAAGGCCAGCAGCCCAUUUCUGGAAAGUGUCUUGUAUUGGGUUGAUUUCAGUAGCGCUCCAAGGGCUAUCGUGGGGGCUAAUCUUCCAUGGACUGGCAAUAUUCCAGACACAGUACCAUCGACUCUUCCCUAUUUGUCCCCUGAACUUCGUAUUCCUCUGAGUUCAUUCGAUCAUUCUAUGGACACAGACCCAGAGGAAAUAUCGAGUGUAUUGCGAGCAUGUGAAGAUUUCCUGACUUUCUUCCGCUCUCUCGAUGCGUUGCAAUACUCACUUAUUACCAACGCCAUUCCUAGCCCUCAAAGUUUUCGUCAGGGUCAAGACUUUCAACCACCAAGGCUUAAUCUUUUUGGCCCAUCAACACCUCUAUAUUCUAUUCUUACCACGCUCCCUGAUUAUGACCACGGAAUUCGUGACGUUCGCUAUAUCGACGAGUAUUCUUGCAUGGCCUGUCUACUGUAUCUCAACAUCGCAUUGUAUGACCAUUAUCUAGCCUCGUACAAUUUUGACCAUUACCUCGAGUGGGUCACAUUGGAGCUCAAAAAGAUCAAUCCACAUUCAACCCCUAGCAUCUCAUCGCUGCUGUGGAUAUUCUUGGGACAUGGGGGAUAUAUGUCAACCGGACCUUCAGAUAAAGGAGAGAGAAGUUGGUUUGUAUCACGAAUGUUGCGUGUAGCCAAGAAACUGGAGUGGAAACGAUCUGGGACAUUAUGGGACAAACUACGCAGUAUUCUUCUUGGAUUUUUAACGUCGCACCAAGAAUGUGGAAUCGGAAGAGACGUGGUGAGCCAAGCAGAAUCUCUCGCCCGCCAAAACCGUCGUGGUUUGCUCUGGGAUGAAGAUGAAAUGCGGAGAGAAAUCUUAGGACCUCUAUACACCGGACCUCCGGUUUAUUCUAUCACUUCCACCAGUGCAGACCACUUACUACAGCCAUCAACACCUCCUGGCUGUAAGGAUCAUCAGGUUUGA